AUGACCAUGAAGACGCCCGAGAACGGUGCUCCAAGAUCAUGCUCCAAGAUGGUCGAGCAGUUUCUUGGAUUGGUACUGAGUAUUUUUCGCCAGCCAUCCGACUAUCACCACCUCUUCGCUCGUUUGGAGACCAAAGCAAACACAGAGAAAAUCGAGCAUCCACAGUGGAAACCCAUCAAGAUGGUGCACGUCUGCUGCAUCGGCAUCUCCUCCAAGAAAAAGGGGCAGGAUGAAGACGCAAAGGCAAAGGAGGCGGAUCCUCCCAAAGACACGCAGUCGAAGGACAGAAAGGCGAAGAACGCGAAAUCGAAGGAGAAAAUUCCAGCCCAGGUUCCGAAGCAGCCCCUUGUCGAAUUGAUCAAGCUGCCUCCUCCGGCCAAGCUGCCUGGAAGCAACUACAACAUGGAACUCAUGCUCAGUGGAACCAACACAGGGGGCUCCAUUACGUCCUCUCAGCGCUCAUACAUGCGCUCUCCUGAACUGGAUUUCAUUCCUGAUCCCACCGAGGUCGAAUAUGUGUCGGACCACGAGGAUCAAAUCGAAGCACCCAGAAGAAGUGGCCCAUGGAGCAGACUCAGCCGACGCCGCUCUAACAACAGCAACAAGCGGUCUGACAGUCCCGACAGUGACAAGCGGGUGUCGAUUAUCAGCAUUCAGAGGCCCUCUUCCAAUCCCGCUGCUACGGAGAUAGAUGGCUCCCCGCAAUACGAUCAGGCUGCUUAUACUUACUCUGUGAGACAGAACAACAUGAGGCGCAUUCAAGCCGACCUCGAGAGCGAGCACAGUUCGCGAUCUGUCACGCCUGGAAGUAAGAGAUUCCGUGGGUUGGAGACAGUGGUGGAAGUUCCUGGUGAUCACCAAAGCGAGCGUCAGAGCGGACCGCGGCCGCGGAGCGGAAUAGAGGUGGAGAUUCCCACCGAUGUUUCUGUGGUUGAUGUCACGUCUCUGCCGCAGCCACCGCCUGCUGCCAAGCUUUCGAACGAAGGUGUUAAGGUUCAUCCUAUCGAUAUCACCACUGGAGACCGCCGGCGUAGCAGCUGUCCAAAGCCUGAAACCUCCACGAAGGUCACGGCAACAAAUCUUGUUCUUCGAGAGCGAGGGUCACUCCCUGAUAUGCCUCCCCCGGCCCCGAUUCUCCCUGCUCGCCAGAGUCGCGCCGAUCAGGAUGACGAGUCUUUCAGAACUUGGAGACUCUCCCAGUGUAUCCCCCACUGCGAAAGUCAGAUGGCCCUCUCUCUUCAACCUCAGAAUAUCCCCCUCCCACUGGACGCUGAGAGCACAGCUGCCUUUGACGACAAGGAGGCUUCUGAGGCCCAAUUUCAAGAUGAUUCUUCCAGCAACGGCGCAACUCUGUGCGACAUGGAGAAGCCCGAUGGCAAGCUCGCAACCGAGCCCGUGGGCAUAUCUCAGCCUCCCCGAACUUCGGAAUCUGCACAGUCCCAGGAUGGCAGUGGCUGGGAGACCUGGCUGCUCGCCGAGAAGCUCUCGUCUCAGGAGGAUUUCGUCACAGCUCAGGAUUUGGAUGGCAAGAAGAAGUUCGCAACUGCAGUGCCUAGUCGCAGCUCUGCUACCGAAGCUGGCGAUGAGAAAGGAACAAACCGUCAACACUCGAGCCCCAUCAGCUUUCCCCUCCAAGAAAUUUCUGGUGACAAGCCGUACGCCGACUUGCCUUUGAAAGACGACUUGGAGGUAAAGACUACUUUGUUUGGUAGAAUGCCCUUGCAAGCGAACGAGCCGUCCCACUAUCUGUCAUCUUCUGUAUACUCGUCUAUGCAGAACACACGUACCGCCUCGCCAUCGGGCUUCAAGAAUAUCAGUGGUGACGACGAUCGCAACAGCCUUGCUGAGAGUCUUAUUGAUCUCGACCUCGCCAACUUUGAUUGUGGGUUUACAUUAAUCGCGGAAGCUAGUAUCUCAACUAAUAAAGCAACAGUGUACAAUCUCAAGGAGCAGCAUUCUGAUGAGAGUUAUCGUACCGCCCUAGACAAGAACCCCGACUCUGACACGGCUGUACCUUCUAUCAUCCUAUCAGGCCAGGAAGUAGCUGGCGCAGAUGGUAUUUGCUUCCAGACUGAGAACUAUCACAACUACGGCACCGCGCGGAACGUCCCUGACCCGAAGAACGAGAAGCCUGGUUCAGUUGGUGGUAUUGGAGGAAUUUCUGGUGAAUCCCAGAUCGACCUGCCUAGCGACGGCUAUGCACCGUCGCGAAAGUCUUCAUUCCUCCAAUUCCUGGGCAUUCGUAGAAGCUCGAGUACCAAGAAUCGAUGGCAGUCGCAUAGUCAGUCUUCCACGGAGCCCGCACAGCUGAACUCCUCGUCGGUAGCGAACCAGAUGCUCAAGCCACGGGAGAACAUUGAAAUGCUUUCGAGUCACAGCAUCACUUCUUCGACCCAGCAUGUCCCGAACGACGUCGCAUUCACUGCACCCAAGCUCACUGAAAGCGCCACCGUGGUCUGGCAGCGAGCUUUCAAAGUUGAGCACGACCAGCGCGAGACCAAGUCCACUACAUAUUCCAAGAAGUCUGCCAUGGCUAAAGCCAGCAUGGGAACAAUCUCAGUCGACGAGAACCACCUCUCUCACCCUACAGAGCGAGAUGUAGUCGGAUAUCGCUACAAAGAAACCAAAGCGCAGGAUUUUAUCGCAACACGAAACGCCAGCCAGUCAAGCACUUCUCAGCAGUCUUUCUCCGGCCCUGAUGACGAUAUGACGCCGAAGGAUUUUGCGGCAGUCCCCGGUGCGGAGACAGCGCAGUAUGUUGAGCUCGCCGGCAAGACUUCCAUGCCCAGCGUCGUCGAGAUCAAGAAGUCUUCUCAGUCCAUGUCGAAGAAGCUCGGGAAGGCCAUGAAGACCAGCUUGGGAAAAAUGAUGCCGUCCAAGCCCGGUGUCAAGUCAUCUGCCCAACUCGAAUAUCCAGAGCUCGAAAUCCUGCCCACCAAGGAAGGUUACAAAGACCUGGAAGCUCUCCAGAGCAGCAUUGAAACCUUGAAGGGCAGUGAGCAUGCCAAAAUGGCCAUCAAUCCAGCUCUUGCCAUUGCUGAGUUGGAGAACCAGCCAGCGUCUUCCCUGGACCCUCUGCCUGCGCGGCUCCACGAAGCCGAGCACGCGAGACACGAAUCUGCCAAUGAUACCGCCAACACCGCCCAAAAUGAUGUUGCUCUGGAGAGCAAGAACGCUCACAAGGGUGGUACUGAAGUACCGACUAUCCGGCCCGUUACACCGGCCAACAUGAUCAUGCUUCCUGCGGGAGAUUCCACUACCGCUACGACUGAGCAAUGGGCUACCCCAGCCAGUCGUCUGUCUUACACCACAGCUCUCGAUGAGAAUGACGCAGGGCACCUUAACAGAAUUUGGCACACUUUGAUGAUGCUCAGGAAGAGCAAGGAAUGUUAUGAUCAAAAGCGGUGGUUUUGCGGCUUGGGAUGUCUCGGCAAGACAAUUCAGUCAGGCUACGAGACCAGCUUUUUGUAUGGUAUAGGAUGGGGUCGAGGUUCGAAUUUCCCCAUGUGUAUAGUUCUUCAUAGGCAAAAGGUUCCAAGGCAAUAUCUUCAAGAUGACCUGAAUGCUACGGUGACACUGGUUCUGGUGACGGGUUAA